AUGAUGAAGGAAAGAUUCACGAAGCUUCUGCUAGGAAAAGACAUGUCUGGUGGAGGAAAAGGUGUUAGCGCAGCAGUUACAAUCUCCAAUUCCAUUAUAAAUCUCUAUGCAACAAUAUUCGGACAGAGUUUAAAGUUGGAGCCGCUGAAUCCCGAGAAGAAAGCCAUGUGGAAAAGAGAAAUGAAGGUUCUUUUAUCAGUGUGUGAUUACAUAUGA